UUCUAAUUUACUCUAUUUUGGAUUUUGUUCAAAAUUAACAGGGAGCCACUUGAAAAUUAAGGAAAGAAAAGACGUUUUGUGAAAUUUCAUGCAAGCAGAAAUGUCUGAUUCUGGAGUCAAUCCACACUUGGAAGGAAUUAUUUCUGAUUUUGAAGCUCUGAAGAGGUCCUUUGAGGUGGAGGAUGUCGACACUUCAUCUCACUCUUCCCCUGGCUCCCGCCGAACAACCAGCUCCCCUCACCGUAACGCCAUGUCUCCCACCAGCAUCUACUACCGUGACCUGGGCACUGCUGCCCCAGCCACCAACAACAACAACCUCAACUAUACCCAACCCCGCUCCAUCAUGGGAGGAGGAGGCUCCAAGACCCCCGAGCCUGUGUCGCGCCGUUCCGAACUUUCCAUCGACAUCUCCUCCUCUUCCAGCAAGCAGGUGGAUAACGUCACUAGCCCCGCUUCCACACGCUUUGCUACCAAUAGCGCCCUGAAACGCCCUGAAGUCCUGGGCCACUCCAAGACCCCUGAGAUGAGCCACAAAAGGGAGGUCACCUUUGCCAAGGCACCUACUGAUUCCCCAGUGAUACGUCGCAAUGAGGGCAACAAUAACAACAACGGCACCAGCCGGAUCCCUGAGCAAAAUCACGCUCGCAGGUUUGAGCCUCCCAGUCCUGGAGAUGUCCGUAAACCUGAUAUCAGCAUCACCAGAGCUCCCCCAGAAAACAAUGGUCACCAUCAAGCAGUGCACCACUCACACCACCCCAACCCUCACCACAACACCAUCGUCACCACCUUCCGCUGCUCUUCACCUAGUCAUGCUGGACGAAAAUCCCCCAACCCUGACAGGUCAGAGGUCAAUCUGAGCCACAGCAACAUGUCUGAGACCACCAAGCCUCACCCUCCCAACCCACAAGCUAAAGGAGAGAAGACCCAUGGCAGUGACUUCAGCUACGUGGGCAUCGAUGCCAUCCUGGAGCAGAUGAGGAGGAAGGCCAUGAAGCAGGGCUUCGAGCUCAACAUCAUGGUUGUGGGGCAAAGCGGCCUGGGAAAGUCUACUCUGAUGAACACCCUGUUCAAAUCCAAGGUGAGCCGUAAAUCGGUGCAGCCCAACCCGGAGGAGAGGAUCCCCAAGACCAUUGAGAUCAAGUCCAUCAGUCACGAUAUUGAGGAGAAGGGAGUGAGGAUGAAGCUGACAGUAAUUGACACGCCAGGCUUUGGGGAUCAGAUCAACAACGAAGACUGCUGGCAGCCCAUUAUGAAGUUUAUCAAUGAACAGUAUGAAGCCUACCUGCAGGAGGAAAUCAACAUCGACAGAAAGAAGAGAAUCCCAGACUCCAGGGUGCACUGCUGCAUUUACUUCAUACCGCCGACAGGACACUGUCUGAGGCCUCUGGAUGUGGAGUUCAUGAGACGUCUGAGCAAGGUGGUCAACAUCGUCCCUGUCAUCGCCAAGGCCGACACACUCACCCUGGAGGAGAGGGACUACUUUAAACAGACGAUUAGGGAAGAGCUGCGAGCCAAUGGAAUCGAUGUUUACCCACAGAAAGAGUUUGACGAGGACGCAGAGGACAGGCUGAUCAAUGACAAAAUCAGAGAGAUGAUCCCUUUUGCUGUUGUGGGCAGUGACCAGGAGUACCAGGUGAACGGCAAGAGGAUUCUGGGAAGGAAAACAAAAUGGGGCACCAUAGAGGUUGAGAAUAUUGCACACUGUGAGUUUGCCUACAUGCGAGACCUCCUCAUCAGGACACACAUGCAGAACAUCAAGGAUAUCACAGGCAGCAUCCACUACGAGACAUAUCGUGUCCGCCGCUUAAAUGAAUCCAAUGGCCAUUUCAGUUCACAACCAUCUGACCAUCCUGCUGUUCAGCCAAAGGCCAACGGUCAGCCUGAGGAGCAGCUCGCUGCCCUGCAGGCCAAUGGAGUGGCUGCUCAGCAUGAAGCCCUGUCCCACGAGAUGUAAAGAGUCCUGUGAGGAGCCACAUUGCCAAUUUAUGAUAUCAGGACACAGCCAGACACAAAACAUACACUCACACAUGUAUUCUGUUUACAUAAACAAGCCCACAUGCACACAGAAUCAUUUUUGAUACAUAGAAGGACUUUUUUGCCAAAAAACUACCUAACUACAGCUUUAAUGAAUCAGGAAGGUACAAGACACAGGGCGCAGAGUAAAUACCAACAUUUUCCUUCCGUGGUCUGUAAAUGUUUUACAUCAUUACAAUUCUGAGCAAAAUCAUGUUUUCCCUGCAGACCUACAUCCUGUACAGAACUCUGAACUCAUCUAAUUCUGACUGCCCAAUGCAAUCUACAUUCACGAUUGUUCAAAGUAAACCAUAAAAGUUAGCUCAUUACUAAGCUGUGGCUGCUGGGUUUAUAUUUUAGAACAUUCGCUGGCUUGUAAGAACGUAAGUGGAGUGCAGCAGCCAUGCAAGUAAGAUGUAAGUAAAUCAUCAGUGAAACAAUGUACAAGAUUUUGCUCAGAAUCAAUAGCAUGAUAGGAAAAAAGAGAGAUGGAUAAAAAGCCUGUUGCAGGAUAUUGGGUUGACAGGAGGUGUAGUCAUGCAGGGCUGUCCAGAUGAGGAGAAAUGGCAUAAUUCAAAAUGAAGUACAGCAUAUCAGAUGAUACUAGAUUAGCUCUAAACUAGGAGUAAUUGUUCGUGCCACUGGCCUUGUCUGCUUUGUGUUGUGGUGUAUAGUUUUGUAAAGAUACUAGGGUUAAGUAGGGAUAUUUAGAAUAGGUUCAUAGUAUUGUGGAGGAAGUAAAGAUAUUGACAACUGAGCACUGCAAAAUAAUAGAAAAGAAAAAGAAAGCAGUAGCAGUGCAGAGCGGCUUUCGGAAAAAUGUGUGCUCCUCGUUUUUUCAUUAUGCUUUUGCGACCCCUUUCUGCCAAACCAUCCCGUCUCUUUCUAUAUAAUGCCAAUGUUGUGUAAUACAGUCAUACCUUGCAUUUUACAUCGCUCAUUUAUUAUUGUGUUUUUAUUGCUGUUGUUCAUGUUCUAAUGUUAUUGUAUAAGAUCGGGGUUGUGGCGGAAUCUGUGCAACUGUUGUCCCAUGCAGCCUCUUUGUCCAUUCUUUUUCUGACUGCAAACCAAAUAAAAGUCCAUUUUUCUGUUCUAAAGAGAAGCACAUACGGUAUAUAGCGUUGAUUUACGUAUAGGUAUUUAUGUGUAUGUUAAGUGUAAUCAGUUAAAUUCAACUUUCAUUCCAGCCAUUGGCUUCCAGAGGUUUGUUAAGGUCUUUAACAGUGAUGAACUUUUAGCUGUAGACAGUGUUUGGGUUUUGGGUUGUACCCUGUUGGCUAGGCAGAGCUAUAACUACCACCAAACAACUUUGCCUGCUAGUAAAGUGCAAAAUGGUCUAUAUUUAUACAUUGAUUAAUAAUAAUUACAACCAAUCCUGCCAAUAGAUAAUGGUUAGAAUGAUGACAUUCAUAUUGCAAGCUUAAAGCAUUUUGUCGGAGGGAGGAUGUCUCACUACCACUGACAUGAAGAAUUUAUGCCAAAAAACAUUAAAUAACACCCAUAAAAUAACAUGAUGCAACUGAGAAUUUUUGUUAAUAUUUGUGAAAAAAUGUUUAAUUAAUGCAAACUCAAGGAAUAUUUUAUAGAUGCUAAAAACAUUCUCAGUUUCUUAACAGAAUAGUCAACGGUGUAUUUUCUGCCUCCUUAAGUCACCACAAGAAUAUUUUAUAUAACAUGCAUACAGAAGAGGUAAUGAUUUCAAAAACCAAGAGAACUAUUGUCUUUUAUCCAGAGAAAGUUAUUGGGUUACACUUGGUUUACUGUUGUAUAGUUCUUGUGUAAUUUGUCAUGGUAUGAUAGAUUAAGGUUUUAUCUUUGUUAUGCUAUCUUAAAGAAUAAAGAUUAAUAUUUUUAUUGUUUAAA